AUGGCUCUCACCAACGGAAACGGAGUGUGGCCUGCGCCAUUGCUCGACGAUACACAUCACGCACAAGUCCAGAACGUCGACAUCCACACUGGCACCAUCGCAUUCGACAACGGCGUGCGAUUCCAAUUCCGCAACCCAGAGUUGCUGAGAAUGGCCGUCACUGUCAAGUACACUCUGCCCGAUGUGGCACCAGGCGAGCCAAUGCCUAUAAGCAACAUCUGCAUCGCGCGAACAGGUGACGGGGUUUUGUCUGCCAUAUUGAGGAAAGGAUGGGCAAGGCAAGGUUUCCCUCACGUGGAAGACGAGUACAAGAUCUGGUACGAAUUUGGAAUGAACAUGAACUCGUACCAGACAUACCAAUGCGACGCCAUCGAAUUGACCCCUUUCCUGCAAGUCCCUGGCGUGCGUCCAGGAAGCAUGGCCGCAAUGGAAUUCUGGGCAUCAUGGGACGGCAGAAAAGCUAAGGCCACCUCGAUUGAGGCCAUUAUUGCAGCAGUCGAACUCGACUUGGAGAGUGAAGCAGUGACGAAGGUGGUGAUGAGACACAUGGGCUUCUAUUGGCCAGAGAAUUUCCACCAGGCCAACACUAUGCAAGCUGCCAUGGGUACGCUGCGCGGCCUCGGCAUCAUUGGGAAGCGGGAAGAGUGA